UUGGCGCUGCAAUUUCAUAAAUUUCUUAAUCAAGGCCAGCCACCAUCUCACCAGCUGCAGAUUUCGCGCAGCUUCUGCAAAUGGAGUAAAGAAGAAUUAUACUAUAGUAUUUUUUUAAUGCUCUACUUUAUUCUUGUCACUGCGCGAAAAUAGUUAGGGUUUGCCAUUGCAAAUCACCAUCAAUUCGAUCUGCUGCGUCGUUUUGAGAAUUUGCCUCGCUGCUUCCGCCAAUCCUCGCCGUUGGUGGCUGUGAAGGUAAAGACAGUGCAUUGCAGCUGGAGAUACUGCCUGUUAAUCGACUUGUAGACUGGCAGUUUGGUUCAUAUUGGAAGUGGAUUUUGUGAUAGACGCGUGCAUUUGUUCGUAGGAUCUCUGUUGUGUUUGUGGGAGUGACUUUUGGCUCUUGAUGUGGAGUUCUGUCCAUUUAUUCAGCUUUCAAGGAUGAAGAGGUCGAAAGGUGACUAUUCGAGUGCUAGAAGGAUCAAAUUAUCGUACAUUCUGUUGGCUGCAGCUGGGUUGUACUUGAUCCUUAUUUUCUUCAAGUUUCCUGAUUUUUUGGAGAGUGCAGCUGUUUUAAGUGGGGAUGAAAGUGCCAGUGUUUUCGAUGGAUUUUCAAUGAUGGAUGAAAAGAAUGCUGAGAUCAGUAAAUCACGUGUUAGUUCUGAUGGGUUCCACAGAAUAUUACAUGAUAAUGAAAAUCAGGAUAAUCCCCUAAAGCCAGAACAAAGCACUACACAAAUGCAAAGAGAUCAAAAAUCGGUAACAAAGGCCUCACAGCAGCGCUAUGGUCGAAUAACUUCUGAUAUAUUGAGGCGAAUGAAUAGGACUAAAAACUUGUCUGCAAUGGAAAGAAUGGCGGACGAAGCUUGGGCGUUAGGAUUGAAGGCGUGGGAAGAGGCAAGCAAGUAUGACGAUAAAGAGAUUGACAUGAGUACUAUACUAGAAGGGAAGCCUGAGUCAUGCCCUUCUUGGGUUUCAAUGGAGGGAGAAGAACUGGCCAAGAGGGAUUUUCUUAUGUUCCUUCCAUGUGGUCUUGCUGCAGGCUCUUCUAUCACAGUCAUUGGAACUCCACACCAAGCUCACCAGGAGUAUGUACCACAGCUUGCUAAAAGGAGGGUUGGCGAUGGAUUAGUUUUAGUAUCACAGUUCAUGGUUGAGUUGCAAGGAUUAAAGGCUGUACACGGGGAAGAUCCACCGAAGAUUUUGCAUUUGAAUCCUAGAUUAAGAGGUGACUGGAGCCAUCAUCAAGUAAUUGAGCACAACACGUGUUAUAGGAUGCAGUGGGGAACAGCUCAGAGGUGUGAUGGUUUGCCUUCCAAGGGUGACGAUGAUAUGCAGGUUGACGGAUACAGGGGGGCGUCAUGUGACAUCAUUCCCAUACCGAAUGCAAUCAAGGGUAAUGUGGAUGUUCAUUCAGUAUAUGCUACCUCUUUGCCAACCUCUCAUCCAAGUUUCUCACCCCAUAGAGUAUUAGAUUUCUCUGAGAAAUGGAAAUCCCAUCCCACACCCCAAGGUGGUGUUCAGCUCUUUAUUGGGGUUCUUUCAGCCACCAAUCAUUUUGCUGAGCGUAUGGCAGUAAGAAUGACAUGGAUGCAAUCUAUGUCAAUCAAGACCUCUAAAGUAGCUGUUCGAUUCUUUGUUGCACUGAACACAAGAAGUGAGGUGAAUGCAGUUCUGAAGAAGGAGGCUGCUUACUUUGGUGAUAUAGAGAUUUUGCCAUUCAUGGACCGUUACGAGCUUGUAGUUCUUAAAACUGUUGCCAUUUGUGAAUACGGGGUUCGAAAUGCAAUGGCAGCAUAUAUUAUGAAAUGUGAUGAUGAUACUUUUAUUAGGGUCGAGAGAAUCUUAAUGGACAUCGAAGGCUUGUCACCAACAAGGCCGUUGUAUCUGGGAAAUUUGAACCUAUUGCACAGGCCUCUUAGAACAGGGAAGUGGGCUGUCUCUUAUGAGGAGUGGCCCGAAGAAAUCUAUCCACCCUAUGCCAAUGGACCUGGAUACAUAAUAUCAAGCGACAUCGCCAAUUACAUCGUCUCUCAAAGUGAAAACCAUAGCCUACGGCUAUUUAAAAUGGAGGAUGUGAGCAUGGGAAUGUGGGUCGAGCAGUUCAACAGUACAAAGCAUGUUCAAUAUUCUCAUAACUGGAAAUACUGCCAGUACGGAUGCAUGGAGAACUACCACACCGCACAUUACCAAUCCCCUAGACAAAUGGUAUGUUUAUGGGACAAUCUGAUGAAAGGGCAUCCUCAUUGCUGUAAUGUUUGACGUAGGCUGAAAUAUUUGUCUCUUCGUACAUACCUAGUCAUGUGUAACUCUGCCUCCAUGAUUUUGUCGAUGAGGGAUGGCCUUAUGCUUGGUAAUGUCUUACUUCUACACAAGGCCUAGGCCAGUAGAAGUCGUAUGCCAUCAUAUCUGCUUGUUAAAUGUUUUUUAGGUUUACCCUGAUUUUCACCGAUGCUCAAGUGAGCUGAGCUGUCCAAGCUGUAUAGGAUGGUGUAAUGUAAUGAAGAGCACUUCCCCUCCAUGUCCAAAUUUUGUGGAACACUGAUCUUGAAAACUUGCGUAAGAAGUAGCUGUGUAGUUCUGCUGUAGCA